CAGUGACCAACAGCCUCUUGCUGCUUCCCUCCUCUGAGACAUGGGAUCUUAUCGAAAAGGCGGCUGACGGAUCUGAGACCAGCUCCAGAAAGUCAUUGUCCCUCACUGGAAACUUUGUGCUGGUGAAGCCGAGCAGCAUCAGGAGCUGCUGCUGCAGGAGUUCGGUGGGAGAAGAGCUGGAGAUGGUGCAGAGCUGAACCCACAGUGACCCGGGAUGGAGCCUGUGCAGAGGGACAUGGAGCUGCUUAGUAACAGCAUGGCCACCUACGCUCAUAUCAAAGCCAACCCCGAGAGCUUCGCCCUCUACUUCAUGAUGGGCGUCUGUUUCGGCCUGCUCAUGGCGCUCUGCCUCCUGGUGGCCGGCAUCACCUGCAGGACCCGCCGCAGACGCAAAUCCCCUCCUUCGCCCGAGAGGAGACAGCUGAAGGAGUCCAGCGAGGAGGAGGAUGAGGAGGAUGAGGACGAGGACGAGGACGAGAGCAUCGCAGGCGGGGGCGGCGAGGAGGCGGAGAUCCCCAAAGUGACCUCGGGUCCCAUGAGUGACCGCAGCAGCCAGUCCACCGGGACCCUGAGGAGCGUGAACGUGUUCGCCUCGGCCGAGGAGCUGGAGAAGGCCCGGCGCCUGGAGGAGAGGGAGCGGAUCGUCAGGGAGAUCUGGAGGAACGGGCAGCCGGACAUCCUGGUCACCGGGACGGGGACGCUGGGACGAGUCCAUUACCACUAACACACACUUUGACUGUGUCGAGAAAAAGACACCUGACAGACUGCAGAGGUCAAAGGUCAGGGGGACUUGUUACCUCAUCUUUUACCAUUCAGAGCCCGGGGGGUCUUACAAAGGAGUGGGUUGAGUUGCAUUGUGGGAAUUGAAGGGUCAAAUGGUAAUGGGGGGGUUUCGUCCCCGGUCAUGUUGUCUUCACUCCAUCCAGAGAAAAGGAAGAGUUGCAGUCGAAGCAGCAGAUUAUUCACUUCAUAGACGAGCAACGACCAAAACUAUCAACAGGAAGUCAACAAAACUAAACAAGAAUCUCGUAGACAAGAGAAAAACAAAUGUGAAAACCAUCCAACUAAACUCCAACCAGACCAAUCCACAGUUUCACUGAACACUUAUUAUAGUUCCUUUGUGGGGUCGUCGGAAGUAGAGAGAGGGGGAGGAGUCUAAAAAGUCUUCUCCCAAUCCAGAGGCAGCGUUCUCCUCUAAUGAACCAAUCAGUGUGAGCAAACUAAGUUUCAAAUUAAGGUUCAUUCACACAUUCAAACGUAGUUAAUCUUAAGACUGACUCAGUCUUAACCAUCAGACUCAGCGUAUUCUCUCCUCUUGUGAACUUGUUAUUGUAAAUUGGUUGUGUUUUUAUAUUUCUUGUGACAUAAAUACGAUUUUUUUUUAAUGUAUU